AAUUGUCAUCACUCAUCAUCGGUAAUUUGAUUCUGUUACCGUUUCCUCGUAUGGCAGUUAAUGUCAGAGAAGUCGAAGUUAAAGCAUUUGAUGAAUCAAAAACGGGUGUAAAAGGUGUCGUAGAUUCUGGGGUCACAAAGAUCCCUCCCAUGUUCCAUGUCAAGUUGUUGGACACCACUCAUACCUCACCAACUGACUCCAACUUCAACUUCAGCAUCCCCAUCAUAGAUCUUCAGCACAUACACAACUCAACUUGGCGUGUUGAAGUGGUUGAUCAGAUUAAGAGGGCAUCUCAGCAGUGGGGUUUCUUUCAAGUGAUCAAUCAUGGUGUUCCUGUUGAGGUUUUGGAUGAGAUGAUUUGUGGAAUCCGUAGGUUUCAUGAACAAGAUGCUGAGGCAAGGAAACCCUUUUACUCAAGGGAUAGUAGUAAGAGGGUUAGAUAUUUUUCUAAUGGCAAGCUGUUUAGAGACAUGACUGCUACUUGGAGGGAUACAAUUUCAUUUGUUGCAAAUCCUGAUCCUCCUGAUCCAGAUGAUUUGCCAGCUAUAUGCAGAGAUAUUGUGGCUGAAUAUUCAAAACAAGUAAAGGCAUUGGGCAUUACAAUUUUUGAGCUGUUGUCAGAGGCUCUUGGCCUUAAUCCUUCUUACCUUAAAGAAAUGGAUUGUGCUGAAGCCCUUUAUAUCAUGGGUCAAUACUAUCCAGAAUGUCCUGAACCUGAAUUAACUGUGGGCAUUACAAAACACACUGAUUGUGACUUCAUAACAAUACUUCUGCAAGAUCAGAUAGGUGGUCUUCAAGUUCUUCAUGAGAAUCACUGGGUUAAUGUUCCUCCAGUACAAGGAGCACUUACUGUAAACAUUGGAGACAUUUUACAGCUUAUGACAAAUGACAAGUUCGGCAGUGUUUAUCACCGGGUCUUGUUGAGGAGUAUAGGCCCUAGAAUUUCUGUAGUAACCUACUUUAUGAAUUUUACUAUAUCUGAAUGCUCAUCAAAGGUUUAUGGUCCAAUAAAGGAAUUGUUAUCAGAAGAAAAACCUCCAGUCUAUAGAGACAUUACUAUGAAAGAAAUCUUGACAAAUUAUUAUGCAAAGGGUCUUGAUGGGAACUCUUACUUGCUGCCUUUGAGGUUGUGAAGCAAAUAAAAGGUAUUUGAUCAGUGCUUUCUUGCUUUUCAUGGAGUUGGCUUUAUCUGCAUCAACUUAUCAUAGUUCAGUGGUGCCUUUUGCUGUAACUUUCAAUGUUCAGAGAUAUUUAAAUAAACAGCAUCAGGUUCUAUGGGCAAAAGGUUUGGGCGCAUAUAGCAUAUUGUACUAUAGGAGACAUAACUUGUUUUCCUUAUUAUGAGAAUAGCUUGAUAUGUUCUUGUGAUUGUCAAUAUAUACUUCAACUUUGUUGCCGUCC